CUAGGGUUUAAGGGUUCAACAAUGCAGGGGUUGCCUCCCCGGCGCCAAAAGUCCUUCUCGACCUCUCCCCAAUUGGCGCGAGGACUCAUAUCCGAAAGUACCACUGCAACCUUGCCCUGACACUGAAAGACAUCGUAAUGGUUGAAAACAGAUUACUAGAUGCUGGAGUUACGUGGGACCAGCUGAAAGAUUACUACUACAGUAAAGAUGGAGGCUGCGGUAUUCCCCGGUUCGCUCUCUUCUCUGUUUGGAGGCCUCUUAAGACGGUUCGCCGCGACCCUCUUGCUGUUGCGUCUUGUGUGAAUUUUCCACUGGCCGACCUGGUCCCUGUGGAUCCUAUGCAGCCAUGUGGACAAAAUAUCCCCCCUGAAUUGUCGAAGAUGAGCGACGUCCCAACCUCAAGCCCUUCCAAGUCUGCAGCGGCCGAGGAAUCAUCUCACUUUUCCGGAAGUUACCUCGCUUAUUGUCCUACGGGGGAGACAAGACGGGGACAUGCUGGGCAUUUCAUUUCUAACCAGGAGCCAGAGAAUGUGCUUCUGAUUCAAUUGUUUGUAGCGAGAUGGAAGCCCGAGUGGCCCAGGGAAACAAGCCCACGAGAAGUCUAAUGGGAACGCGGUGCUUGCCGGGACCGUCCACAGCGCCUUUUGCGCUAGCAAAUCAGGAUAAUACGGCUGAGACAUGCGAGAGUAUAGAAGUGGGAGUCCUAGC